AUAGUUUAAUUGGUUGAAAACCAGACACACACAAGUGUUGUGUUAUUUAUUAUCAACCAAUUUUCCUAUAAUUAGCAAAUCAAUAACACAAAAAAAUUUACAUUUCUCUUUCUCAAAUCCUUCAUUGACUUUUUCAUCUUUCCCUCUAAUACCCUUUGUUCUUCAUUAGCACAAAUUUCUUGUACAAUCUUUUUCAUUGAUGUCAACAGAAAAAGAAGGUACAGAUGAAUCAUCAACAUGGAUUCUUGAAAGCAUUGAGAUUGUUCCUAAUGUGGAAAUUUCUAAAAAGGAUGAAGAUAAUGAAAGUAUGGUUAUAAAAGCUUCAGAUAAUGAAGCUUUUUUGAAAAGAAAUAAUAGUAAUGGUAACAACAAUAUGAGGAAUCGAAAUAAUAGUAAUAAUAAUAAUCAAAAUGGAAGCAGAAUGGUGAGGAUGACAUCAGGUGCUGCAAGAGGGCUUAAGGGUUUACGGUUUCUUGAUAGAACGGUUACAGGAAAAGAAGCUGAUGCAUGGAGGUCAAUUGAGAAACGUUUUACUCAACAUGCAGUUGAUGGAAUGUUAUCAAAAGACAAAUUUGGAACAUGCAUUGGUAUGGGAGCAGAUUCAAAGGAUUUUGCAGGGGAACUGUAUGAAGCAUUGGCAAGGAGGAGGAAUAUAAAUGCAGAAAAUGGAAUUACUUUGAAUCAAGUUAAAGUUUUUUGGGAGGAUAUGACUUCUAAAGAUCUUGAAUCAAGACUUCAAGUGUUCUUUGACAUGUGUGACAAGAAUGGAGAUGGUAGGUUAUCAGAAGAGGAGGUUAAGGAGGUUAUAGUGUUGAGUGCUUCUGCAAAUAGAUUGGGAAAUUUAAAACAACAUGCUGAUGGAUAUGCAGCUCUCAUUAUGGAAGAGCUUGAUCCAGAUCAUAAUGGAUAUAUAGAGAUGUGGCAGCUUGAAACUCUAUUAAGGGAAAUGGUUAGUGCAGAAGAUGGUACAACAAAACUUAGUAAUCAAACACAGACAUUAACUAAAGCUAUGAUACCAUGUAAAUAUAGAACUCCUGUUAGAAAAUUUAUAACAACAACCACAGAAUUUGUACAUGAAAAAUGGAAAAAAAUAUGGAUUAUCACACUUUGGAUAAUCAUAAAUUUGAUACUUUUUGUUUGGAAGUUUAACCAAUACAAGCAAACAGCAGCAUAUGAAAUAAUGGGAUCAUGUCUUUGCUUAGCAAAAGGUGCUGCCGAGACUCUCAAAUUCAACAUGGCUCUAAUUGUCCUUACAAUGUGCAGAGGAACUCUUACGAAACUAAGAGGAUCGUUUCUUAGUCAAAUCAUCCCUUUUGAUGAUAACAUAAACUUUCACAAGAUAAUUGCAGUUGGUGUAGUUAUAGGGACUUCAAUCCAUGUAGGGAUGCAUGUAAGUUGCGAUUUUCCGAGACUAAUUUCUUGUCCAAAAGAAAAGUUCAUGCCGAUACUUGGACACAGUUUUGAUUAUAAGCAGCCUACUUAUCUUACCCUAGUUGAAAGUAUUCCUGGUUCAACUGGAAUUUUCAUGGUUUUGAUUAUGGCUUUUACUUUCACUUUGGCUACACAUUACUUCCGAAAAAGUGUUGUCAAGUUACCUUCACCGUUACAUCAUUUGGCUGGCUUCAAUUCCUUUUGGUAUGCUCAUCAUUUGCUUAUUCUGGUUUACAUACUCCUUGUCAUGCACGGCUACUUUCUAUUUCUCAAAAAGGAUUGGAAAAGUAAGACGACAUGGAUGUACCUCGCAGUGCCAUUAGUACUCUAUGCUACAGAAAGGAUUCAUCCAUUUUAUAAGGGUAAAGAUCACCGCGUGAGCAUCAUUAAGGCAAUAAUAUACACAGGAAAUGUUCUAGCACUAUACAUGACUAAACCACCAGCAUUCAAGUAUAAAAGUGGAAUGUAUCUUUUUGUCAAGUGUCCAGAUAUAUCGAAAUUUGAAUGGCAUCCUUUCUCCAUCACCUCUGCACCUGGAGAUGAUUACUUGAGUGUUCAUAUCAGAACCUUAGGAGAUUGGACUACAGAACUUAGAAAUACAUUCGCAAAGGCUUGUGAGCCUGAAAGUGCAGUACCAAGAAGGGGGAGCCUUAUAAGGAUGGAAACUAGAGCAAAUACAGCAGAUUCGAGCUUUGAUGCUUCAAAACCAAGCAUUAGGUAUCCAAAGAUCCUCAUUAAAGGACCCUAUGGAGCACCAGCACAAAACUAUAAGCAUUAUGAUGUACUCUUGCUCGUUGGUCUAGGAAUUGGAGCCACACCAAUGAUAAGUAUUUUGAAAGAUAUCUUGAACCAUAUGAAGAUGGGAACUCCUCCAAAUACAAGUUACCGGAAGGACUCCUUCAGUACCAAUCCCUCCAACGAAGAUAGAAAAGGUCCUGAAAGAGCAUAUUUUUAUUGGGUAACAAGGGAACAAGCUUCAUUUGAAUGGUUCAAAGGUGUCAUGGAUGAUAUUGCAGAAUAUGAUAGUGAUGGUAUUAUAGAAAUGCAUAACUAUUUGACUAGUGUCUAUGAAGAAGGUGAUGCAAGGUCUGCACUUAUUGCUAUGAUUCAGAAAUUACAACAUGCUAAAAAUGGAGUCGAUGUAGUUUCAGAAAGCCGGAUAAGAACUCAUUUUGCAAGACCAAACUGGAAAAAAGUCUUCUCUCAAUUAGCUGACUCACAUCAAAGUUCUCGUAUAGGUGUAUUUUACUGUGGAAGUCCAACUCUUACAAAAACAUUGAAGGACCUUUGUCAGGAAUUUAGCCUAAACUCAUCUACCCGCUUUCAGUUUCACAAAGAAAACUUUUGAAGGAACAAUCCACACAGCAUCAAUCCAGAAUUAUCUGUUGCAUCUUGUUUCAUCAACCAAACAUAAGACUGUAGAAUUUUUUUUAUGAGCUGUGCUAUUUAUAGCGAAAGUUAUUGUCCCGAAUCUGUCAUGAAUGAGUAUUGAGCGUUACAUCUUGUGCUCAGCAGAAAACAUGGGUGGAUUGGAAGUAAAAUGAAGGUCUGCUACAGUAACCAUAUGCCCGUCAUGAUAUUUUUGUGAAAUGGUUUUCGCGUAAAGUAGCAUUUGCCUCUUUUGAUACAUAGUUCAGUAAAUAUGUAUUAAAUUCUUUGUAAGAUUUUUGUAAGUAGAAAGAUGUUGUAGAAUAUGUGUUGUAUUUGCUUAGAUCUUCAUAGUGUUGUUCAUUUAUUUUUCUUUCACUUUGUUUUUGUCCCUUCUUUUAUCCCGAAAAAAAGAUAUUUUCUCAUUGGUUCAGAACAUAAGCCAUGUUUGUUAAACAUCUUAUAGAACAAAUGUUUAUCAUAAUAAGCACUUAUGUUAAGCUUACAUAAA